CAGUGUGAGGGGCACAGGCUGGGCAUUACCUUCUGCCAGGGACCUGACUGUCAUUUCCCCCGGGGUGCCCCCGGUCUGUGCUGUGCCAGCACCAAGGAGCCUUCCCCCUGCACAGCAGCUGCUCACACAUUGAGUGACUGCUCACACUCACCCUCCCCCCGCCUGCUGGGAAAGUUUGGGCAUUACAAGCUAUUGGUUUGAUACCAGCCCCAGUCUGGUCUAGGGCACAUUUCUUCGGUAUGGUGGGGAAGAUUCCUGAACCUCUGCACCUGUUUUCCUGCUGUGAUCCUCAGCAUGACCAGAUUCACCCGCUAAAUGUGCCAAGGAGGAGACCAAGCUUCCAGAGAGGGGGAGCCACACUGCCACAGGCAGUACAGAGAUAUACCGGGAUGCAGGCUAGCCUGGAUUUCUUUUGAACUUUUUGGAGGAAGCCUUUCCCUCCUACCUGAACUGUUCGGCUGUUGCCUAUUACACCAACUUGCACAUCCACCCAUUUCACCUAGACAGUUAAUUCCUACUGUAUCCAUGAGGCAAGUCCAGAUGGAGACCUCGUCCAAAACGGAGGUCAGAGUAGAUGGUGGUUUGUCCAGUACUUCUGAUUCUCCAGGCCAGUCUGGAGGGUUAGAUGCUGGAAAAGACUGUAGGGUACUGGUAGCGUACCCUGAGAAGGAUCUCAAGCUCCAGAAAGUUUAUCAUGUGUCAGUCAUAUCAGACACACUUGGGUCCAAAACCUGCAGCCGCCAAGCUUUGAAAAGGGGACCUCCUGACCCCCUUCCCCCCGAGCCAGCCAGAAGCCCAAAGAGGACCUUCUGGGGUCAACCUCGAAGUGAGGAAUUCUGUGGACACUUAAAAUCAGAUGGUGAUUACCCAAGCUGCUCCACUGGCAUAGAUGAAGAGGAUCAGGAUUCUUUUGAGGAUGGUUUAGUGUCACAUGAGAUGCCUCUGUGUGGCUCAGCUCAGCAUUUCUCACACAGUGGUCUGCAUGUCAUUGAACACAAAGCUGAAGGCUUUACUCCCAGGUUUCCUAACUGUAGGCGACUGGCAUGUCCCACAAUUUCCAGCACAAAGGACCCAGAGACUGGAUCUCCUUCCCCUCUCCCCUGCACCACUUUGCACAACAGUGGCCCGAAAAUGGCACAGUUGGUGAGCUCUGAUGGACAGUCUGUUUCUCAAGAGGACUAUGAGAUAAACAUCUCCAUGAACCAUCCUGGGGUUAAUAGAGUUGCAGAAGAGUCUACCAGCAGCCAGCACAUACUUGAUACAGUUUUGCACAGCAUUGCACAUUCUGAGCACUCUUUUGAAAAGACAGCUCUGAUUAGUCAUCCAGUGAGUUCCAGCCAUUCCAACGGUAGCCUGGUGACCAAUGAGACAGCAGUUUCUACAAGAAAGGAAUUCUCUACACCUCCCCUGCAGAGUAAGAAGCAGGAAGAAAUGGAUGGUUUGAGUUCCUCAGAGAAGACACCACUAGGCCUUUCCCGUGCCUGCCUUCCUGGGAGCAGCGGUAUAGCUGCAAAGAGAAAGUUACUUCCAUCCAGUGACACUGCAGAUUCGUGCUCUGAGGAUGAAAGUCAAGGCAAAAAAUGGAGGGGAGGACAAGGCUGCCAGGCACUCCAUGGGGCUUGUAGGAGUACAGACUCUAAGGCUGCCCCCUUCUGGAACCACCUGUUACCAGAGUCAAGAAACUCACAGAAGAGCUCAGCAGACAGUCGGAGAUCAAAAAGAGGAUUGCGUCUGAAAUCGAGACUUCUGCGGAACCUGAGGAAGGGAUCUGUAAGCAGGAAUUGGGCAACUUCCUGUGUCAGCCGCUCACUGCUGGGAAACUUUGAGGAGUCUAUCCUCAGGGGCCGGUUUGCACCAUCUGGACAGAUUGAAGGAUUUACGGCUGAGAUCGGUGCCAGCGGUUCCUACUGUCCCCAGCAUGUCACUUUACCGGUUGAGGUCACCUAUUUUCACAUCUCUGAGCACAGUGUUCCCUCACCCUUUCUGGGAAUGAUUGAUCUCGAUGCCGUUGGUAAGAAGGGAUACAGUGUCCCCAGCACAGGAACCAUUCAAGUGACCUUAUUUAAUCCCAACAAGACUGUGGUGAAGAUGUUUCUUGUAACAUACGAUUUCAAAGACAUGCCACUAAACUACAUGACCUUUUUGCGUCAUCGUAUCUUUCUGGUGCCAGUUCAGGAGGAGGAAGGUGGAGAGCAGGUUCAGGAUGCUGCAGGGAGAGCAGCCACCGUAACAUCAGAGAAAGCCAAGAGGAUACUCUGCUACCUCAUGCACCUGAGGUUUCAGAGGUCGAAGUCUGGAAAAAUUUACCUCCAUGACGACAUCCGCCUUCUCUUUUCCCGCAAGUCCAUCGAGGUGGACACAGGAAUACCAUAUGAGCUAAAAUCUUUCACAGAGACUCCCAAGAACCCCAAAUACUCCCCGCGUGUUUGAGGGGAAAGCACAGGAGGGGGUAUUUAGGCAAAUGGGGACAUGUCAUUUGAAGAUGCCCCAUCUCUGAAAACUCUGCACCUUCUCAAUCUUACAGACUUUGCACAUCUUAUUUAUUACCCAGAUCCCUGCUCAUCAUAAGCCCUUAACCUUUUAGAAGUCCAAAGUCCUCCACAGAAGGAUAAUGAGCUAACAAAUUGGAAUCUCCCACGUUACACUUAGCCCAUAACAGGCUCAUAGACUGAGCUUCCAGAGAUCCCAGCAGAUUUUACCCAACCUUUUAAUUGCCUUCAUUAUUUCUGAUGUUAUUUUGUAUUGCUGGUUUACAAUGUUUAAACAAAAGUGCAGUUUUAAAACACAGCCUCUUUAUCUACUAUAUUAUCUGUUAAAGAUAGUCAACACAUCUUCAACCUGAAUUAUCGAUACGUUGAUCAAUAAUCUGAAGUUUUAGGCUUGGCAGGUGGUGUGGGGACAUAGCAGAGAGACGGCAGCGUAACAACAAUCUUUUCUAUACAGUAUUAGUUCCUCGGUAGAUGACGUUAUACCUGGAACUAUCACCAUUAGGCCUACCUCUUUAGAAACCAUUUAAAGGGAGAAGUAUUCCGUUGAAAUGCUUUAGGUAGAAAGCCACAAUAAGCAAUGCAAAGAAUAAAUUCCCAUUUUACUGUGAUGGUCACAAUUGUCCACUAUCAAAAUAUUAUCUUGUUAUGGUUAACUUCUUGGAUAUCCAAAGGUUGCAUCCAAGUCGUUAACUAGAGUUUGCCACCCUACCCUAACCCUGCAGCAUUUUUGUUUGUUACAUUACAACUGUGAAAACUCCGGUCUUGAGACUUUUUGAAUUGCAAUAGCUUCCGUGCCAUUUAAUAGAAACAAAUGGUGGGUAUUACUGUCUAAGGAUUCUGUAAACAUUGCACUCUGUUGAUAAAUUCUGGUCUUGUCAGUUUUAACGAACAAAUAUUUCCUCUUGAAUAUAUUUGUUAUACACACCCAGCCCAUUUAUUGUGUUUGAUUUUCCAUAAAGCCCACUGGCGAGUUGUUGAUGCAUUUUUUAUUAUAUAAGGGUCACAUCAUAGAACAUGCCUUAGAAUUUAAUAUUCUUGAACUUUAACAAUUACAUGCAUUUGUAAGCAAACGUA